AUGGUCCCUCCUGGCGGGGAAACCCACCGAGGGGGUUGCAUGAUCGCUCCUGAACUCAGAGCAACUUCGAUCAAGUGGAAGGCGAGCUAUCUCGGAAUGUAUCCGGAGGAAGUAAACGUUGUAACAAGGUUUCCGCCUUUUGGUCAACACAUAAUUAUUGAGGCUGCCUCCAUUAUCAUCUUGCCAGUCACCAUUAUGUCGGGCUUCAUGGCUCAGGGUACUCAAUCUGCUAGUAAUCUAGAGAGUCUCUUGAGCGGUGAAGAGUGUCUAGCAGAAAAGAGAGCAAAUAUAAAGGCCAAAAUCAUCAAAAUUAUGGCUUUCAGCAGGAAGUUGGCAGUGUAG